AUGGGCCAGAGUCCUUGUGGGUGCCGGUGGGGAGGGGUGCAGCUCUGGGUCGCCACAGCAGAGAUGCAGCAGCUCCAGGUGCAGGAGACCAUGGACUCCAUGGUGAAGAGUGUGGAUGGACAGAACAUCUGGAAGAUGCAAGGCAUCAUGUUCUGGUGCAGUGCCAGCUGUUUUGAGGACAGCCAGGUGUCCAUGAAUCCAGUGCACCACUGUAAAGCCCAUGCUCUGGUGACCAGUGAGUGAAAAUUCCAGGACCACCUACCCUGGUGCACCAUGUAUUGCAAUGACACAGCCAAAGAUUCAAUAGAUUCAGAAAGUAAAGAGCUUCAGGUGACCAGGAAGCUGGAGAGUUGUGUGACCAAGUGUGUAGACCACACACACCUCAGCCCAAAGAUGACCAAAAUGAAGGGGUCUCUUUCGUCCAUGGGGGAAUAG